AUGGAAAAUGGAUUAAAUAAUUUAGACGUAUAUGAUUAUGUUACUGUCCUAAAUCCUGUAACUUUGGAUAUAAGUUAUAAAUGGCCUGGAGAGGAGUAUAGUUAUACCGAAAACUUCGGUACUAGGGAAUAUUCAUGUUAUGAAGAUUUUGGAUUUAGUUCAGUUAUUGACUCAAGUGAAACCAGAUCUAAUAGAAAAUUGAUUUGGGAAUCUGAGAAUUUUAGUCAACUUGCCAAUAAGGUUAAAUUUGAACUCAUAAACAAAAAAUUAAAUACAUUGACGAUAUAUCAAAUCGACGGGGAGAUUAGAAAGUUUGUUAAAAAUUCUAGGUUUUGGUGUGAACUUAAUGGAAUUACACUGAACAUUAGCUAUAAAAGUGGUUGUGAUGAAAUAUUUGAAGUGCAUAAUUCAGCAAAUACCCUUGGUUAUUUUGAUAAAUUGAGGACAAAAAUUAAAUGCGAAAAUUUGUCAUCAAAAUAUUUUAAUACUUUAAACGACAAUUUCUUUGAUAAAAUUGUAAUGUACAUAGGAGAUUUGGGGAUUAAAAAAUUGAUAUUCAAGAGCAAUAACUUUUCCGAAUGCGCGAAACAAGUUUCAAUUUGUUCAAGUAAUGGUGAUAAAUACCUUUCAAUUUUACACAAAAACUAUAACUAUUCAUUGCUAAAAUACACAAAUGAUAUCGAAAAAUGGGUCGAUAUUACUGAAUCGAGGAUGAAUUUGUCAAAAUUAAAGUUUUACAAUGGAGAAAAAUAUUUAAGUAUCAAAGACUUGAAGAUAAAGUAUGAAAUAUAUUUAUAUGAAAUGAAUUACUGCGUUGUAUUCCAGGAUAAAGACGUGGAUUUUGACGUUAUUGACUAUUUUCUGUACAAUUUGAUAGAAAAUUCUCUGAAAAUUUUUUAUAGAAGUGGGAUCUCAGUUACUCAUGAUCCAAACAAAAAUAUCCUCAAUCUAUAUAAUAAUUCUCUUGUUUUCAAUAAUAGUAUAUAUAAUAUCGAUAACUCACCUGAGAAUUCUGCUGUUACUGUUGAAAAUUUAGAUAAACCCAAUGAAAUUAUUGAUAAAUUUGAUGAUGGAAUAAUAUUAAAUAUUAAUGGAUAUGUAAAUAAAAAGUAUGUUGAAUAUAUCUGUACAAGAAAUAAUAAAUUUAAACAAAUUUCAGUAGAGAACCAUGUUAUCUGGUCAUCAAGCGACCCGAAUGAAUACGUUGAAAAGGUGUCAUAUUAUAAUGGAAUUGACAAAUAUUUGAUGAUAUUUUUGUAUAACAAUAAACAUUUGUUAUACUAUUGUCAGGGCAAUUCAGAAAGUUGGACCGAUAUAACCUAUAAAAGGGUAGACUUGAAGAAGAUAUACCUAAUUAAUGAGGACGGGAAAAGACUAACGAGGAGAGAUUAUGACUGUUGGAUUAGCAAUUUCCAGUGUGAAAUUAAGCCUAAGAAGGAAGUUAAGAAAAUUGAGAUAAACAAGUUGAAUUUACUAUAUUUAAACGGUUAUUAUGAUGAAGUUAUCGAACUAAUAGCAAUAAAUUUUAUAUACGACGAGUUGAUAAUUGUUUUAAGAAAUGGUAAAAUUAUCGCCUUCAGCAUUUCAAACCAUAAGGUUAAACUUAUACAACAUGAUUGA